UAAAUUUGAAAUUUGACAGAAGAAUAAAGAUAAAAAUGAUUGUUAAAUCAAAUUACACAAACAUAACAGGCGGCACCGCGAUGUGCAUUCAUUGUGAGAAAACAAUUAAAACCAGCAGUAAUUCAUCGAAUUUGUCGUCCCACUUGCGCAAUAAGCAUAGCGAAAUUUUUCAAAAUGCGCGCAAAAAAAGCUGUCAGUGAACUUGGAAAGAGUACUUACAAUAUCUGAAUCCUUCAAGAGUGCUGAAGCCUUUAAAGAAAAUGGAAAUAAGACAAAGGAGAUUAAUGAAGCAAUUGUGUACAUGAUCUGUAAGGACAACGUGCGAGUCCGCUGUGUAGAAAAAGAGGGCCUCAAGAGACUUCUCAAAAAGUGUGUGCCGCAUUUUAAAAUGCCUUGCAGAUCCACGGGAAGUAUAUGAAAAUGUAAUAUAUUUUGAUACCCUUCAUAAGUAUAUAUUCUUUUUUAGAUAACAACAAUGGUUGAAGAGAAGUACUACCAGUGCGUUGGAGCUGUGUUGAAAAUGCUAAGCAAUGCAAAUGACGUUGCGUUUACCUGCGAUGCCGUAACCAUACCGAACUCGAGUCGUUCGUUCCUUACCAUCACUGCGCAUUUUAUUGAAAAGGAUUCACUAAAUUCAAUCUGCCUUGCAUCGUCAAGAAUGAAUCAAAUUUCCGAUGUCACAAAACCGGAAGACUUUUUUGACGAUUUCAUGAGCGCACACAAUCACUCAAUCACAAAAGAAUUGAGCGGUGUGUCGGAGCAAAAUAAGGAGCUGAAACUAUACUUUAGAUUGCCCCAAGCUGCGCGGGAAUGUAACCCGCUGGAGGUGUGGAAAUCCCAUAGGGCGACCAUGCCGGGUCUUUACAAGAUGGCCAUGCGACAUCUUAUCACUCCAGGUAGCUCGGUGCCUUCAGAGCGGUUGGCAUCCGCAAUAAAAUGUGUAGCUUGCGAUGCUAGGAGCCGAAUGACGGACAUACACGUAAAGCAAAAGAGUGUUUUUAAAAUCUUUAAAUUCUGCCAAUUGGGCUUGAUGUUACAUUUAGAUACAUAUAAGACAUAA